AUGGAAUUGUUGGGUGCAUUAGGGCUGUCUAUGAUAUUGGCAUCCCUGGCUCAGAUUGGAUUUUCUCAGGCACAAGAAUGCCCCAUCACCUCCAUCUCCUCCCCCGACGCCUCCUCUCUCCUGGUAACAUGGAACCGUUUCGAGGGGGCGACAAAUUACUUUUUAGACCUGCGGGUGAUUAACAUUACCAAUGUUGCACCGGUGGUGGUCACUGUCCGAGACCCACGGACAGAGACGACUGUGCGCGGCCUAUGGCCUGGUGCCUCCUACACGGUCACGCUCAAAGUGUUCCAGUUUUAUAAUAAGCUGUGCCAAAUGACGCACACAGCAGCCACGGCACCAAAAGAUUCGGAAGAUGAUACGAUAACAACGUGUCUCUCGCUCACACUUUCUCUCUCUUCGUCUGUCUCCCCUUUUCUUCUCCACUGUGCAGUGCCAGCCACGGCUCAGAUAACUUUUUCACAGGCGUUGUCGAGCACAUCUCUGCGGCUGGGAUGGACCAACAUAACGACAGCAGACCACUACUUUCUGCUAGUCGUAUCCAAGGAAUCUGGCGAGCGAUACAACACGACAGUCGUGGGGCUGUGGGCUGAUGUCGAAAACCUGCGGCCGGCUAUGGCCUACGAUUGCUCCGUCUACUCUGUCAACGCGGCCGGCAUUGGGAGCAGCAGUAGAGUGCGGACGGUAUCCACAUUGGUGCAGCCGCCAGGGGCCAUCACAGUGGUGCAGACGGGGAGUCGAACCGCCCGCAUCAACUGGGACAAGGUGGAGGGCGUGCUGAUGUACCACGUGAGCGUCCAGGACGUCACCAGCGGGGCCAGGAGCUCCAACGCCUACAGCACCAACGUCUCCACGACGACGGUGGAGGUGGACGACAUCCUGCCCUGCUCGUCCUACGAGAUCUCCGUCAGCUCCUUCAACACCUUCCUGGAGCACGGAGAGCCCAACACAUACGUCUACACCACAAACAGGUUGAAUCCUGUCACGUCCAUCACGGUGGACUACACGUGUUCGGACAACACGGCGGUGGUGUCGUGGGCCGAGGUGUUUGGGGCCGACUCGUACCGGGCGGAGGCGGAGGGCAAGAACGGCAGCCGGCUGAUGUGCACGGCGGCGGGGGCCACCAGCUGCCAGCUGGAGGGGGUGCCCUGCGGGCAGAGCUACCGCGUCUACGUCAUCGCCAUCUCAGACAACUGCGAGAGCGCCCUCAACAUCAACGCCUCAGCCCACUUCCACUCAGCUCCCUGUCCCCCUGGGGAUCUGUCUCUGUUCCGGGAGUGCUCCAGCAACGCCAUCAUCUUCUCCUGGGGGGAAAACAACUACACAGACUACUACCGGGUGCGUGCGGAGAGCCCCGGCCACGCGGACAUCCCCUGCGUCACCACGGACACCUCCUGCUUCUUCACCAACACCAUGUGCGGACGUCACUACACCUUCACCGUCCACGCCGUCAGCGGCACGUGCCGCAGCCAGGAGAGCACCACCGUCAGCAUCCGCACAGCACCAUGCCAGCCCAAGAACCUGCUGUGCUCAGCGGACUGCAACACAGACGUGCUGACGAGUACGUGGGACGUGGCGGAGGGGGCCACCUCCUACUCGGUGGAGGCCUUCGGGAACCACAACCACAGCGCGCGCUACAACUGCAGCUCGGCCACCAACAGCUGCGCCAUGCCCGGCGUGGCCUGCGGCGAGAGCCUCACCACCUACAUCACCGCCUUCGACGACGACUGCCCCAGCGAGAGGACCCUCGGAGAGGUGGCCGAGACCGUGCCCUGCGUGCCAGAGAAUGUGGUGGCGGAGAUGAAGUGUGGCACAGACUCGGUGACGCUGCAGUGGGACUUUGCGGGCGGCGCCAUCUUCUACAUGGCGAUGGUGAUGGACGGCAGUGGCACCAUGCACGCCUGCAACAGCAUGGGCCGCACCUGCGAGAUCAAGAACCUGGCCUGCAGCACCACCUACCAGGCCUACGUCAUCGCCUCCAACGGGAAGUGCAACUCCUCACGGAGCGAUGUUGUCUCCGUAGAGACAGCCCCGUGUCCUCCAAGCCACAUUGAGACUGAGCUGGACUGUGCAGCGGCCACCGUGACGGUCUCUUGGGCUGCACAGGCUCAAGUGACAUCCUACACGGCCUCUCUGAUGGACCAAUCGGGAGCCUUGCUCAGCUGCAGCUCCAUAAACCAGAACUACUGCCGGGUGACGGACGUGCGGUGCGGAGAGGUGUACGAGGUCACCGUCACCCACCACGAUGGCAUCUGCCCCAGCAUGCCCUCAAGGCCUCUACUCAUAGACUCACUGCCAUGCGGGCCGAUGAACGUGAGUGCCGAGGUGGAUUGUGGGUCGGGCAUGCUGAGUGUGAACUGGAGCCCCACGGAGGGAGCGGAGAUGUACAUGUUGGCCAUAGUUCCCGCCCAGGGCGACACGAUACAGGUGAACACCACGGACAACCACGUAUCGCUGGCCACGCUGAGCUGUGGAGUGAGUUACACAGUGGAGGUCCGCUCCUAUAACGGCAGCUGCAUCAGCGCACCCAGCUUCUCACGCCUGGUCCGAGAAGUGCCCUGUGUGCCGACCGGCCUGGCGGUGGAGCGUCACUGCGAGGACGGCUCGGCCCGCGUGACCUGGGAGGCCAGCCGGGGGGCCAUGAGGUACAGGGUGGUCGCCGUGGGCAGGAGAGGAGGCAUGAGGUCAGAGUGCAGCUCCGAGAACACCACGUGCCACCUGACCGACCUGCACUGCGGGGAAGAUUACGAGGUGACGGUGAUGGCGGUGGAUGACAUGUGCUCCAGCAUGCCGAGCGAGAGUGUCAUACUGAUGACCACACCCUGCCCGCCCACAGACGUGGUGGCACAGCUGAGCUGCAGCGAGGACACGGCCGCGCUGACCUGGGGCCCCAGCCACAAUGCCGUGUCCUACACGGGCACAGCCGUGGGCGAGGACGGGCACACGGUGACAUGCCAGUCCGCCACCUCGAGCUGCCAGUUGGGGACACUGCUCUGCGGCCAGGUCUACAACUUCACCGUCACCGCUAGCGAUGGCACCUGCUCCAGUCCCAGCGGCUACCCUCACACUCUGGAGACAGCGCCCUGCGCACCGGUCGGCGUUACGGCCAGCGUGGACUGUGACACCGAUGUCCUGGAGGUGUCCUGGAUGGAGGAGGACGAUGGGUCCCUGCAGUACCAGGUGGAGGUGACAGACGGCGGGUCCGUCGUGGGCUCCUGCAGCACUGACGGCUCCAACUGCACCGUGGACGGCCUGGGCUGCGGACACAUGUACAGCGUCGCGGUCACGGCCAACAACGGAGAGUGCACCGGGCCUCCCAACGCUCCAGUGAUGGUCAACACGGCUCCGUGUGUGCCAGAGGGGGUGCAAAUGGAAGUGGACUGCUCCACCAAUGACAUCGAGGCGUCGUGGAGCCCCUCAGCGGGGGCCAUGUCCUACACAGCCUACCUGUACAACGGGGACGGCUCCAGCGAGACCUGCACCAACACGGCUACGCACUGCACCUUCUCCGGCGCGAGCCUGACCUGCGCUCACACCUACACGCUCCGCGUCAUGGCGCACAACCGCGCCUGCAACAGCUCCCUCAGCCAGUCCGUCACCAUCACAACAGCCCCCUGCGAGCCUGAAAAUAUAGCAGUGACGCUGCACUGCCCUGAGGGCGAGGCCACAGUGUCGUGGAGUGCCAGCAUGGGUGCCACGGAGUACACCGCCCUGGCCCACUGCGACGGGAUGCCCAGCGCGGACCUCUGUCGUACCACCGGCCUCAGCUGUAACCUCAACAGUCUACCCUGUGGCACGGCGUGCAACAUCUCUGUCAUACCCGGGGACGCUGCCUGCAACGCCUCCACCACCUCCUACACCACCAUUCAGACAACUCCAUGCGCUCCGAUGAUGAACGAGGCCGUGUUGAACUGUUCCACCAAUGACCUCUACAUGUCCUGGAGCCCGGCCAAUGACGCGCUGAACGGCGUGAAGGUCACCGCGGUAACGCAACAGGGGGACACGGCCUCCUGUGAGACGCCCAAUAACGUGCAGUCCUGCGACCUGAUGGGGCUGCUGUGCGGGCGCACGUACGCCAUCACGGGGGUCGCCCGCGGAGACGACGACUGCGACAGCCAGCCCAGCCCAGCGCAGCACGUCACUACGGCUCCCUGCACCCCUGCCAACGUGGUGGCUGACUACACGUGUGGCACCUCCAUUGCGGUGCUGAGCUGGGACGACAGCGCAGGCGCCGAGAGCUUCUGCACGCGCGUGCGGAGCGAGGACCACGAGGACGGCUGCGUCACCACGGAGACCCACUGCUCCCUCACCUCGCUCAGGUGUGGCACCCUCUACAACGUCACCGUGGACGCCCUCGCCAGCCACUGCAACAGCAGCCAAGCCACCGCGCAGCUGGAGACAGCUCCCUGUGCGCCCGCCAACGUGAGCGCCAGCCUGGUGUGUGCCGACCGUAGCGCCAACGUGACGUGGUCCAGCAGCCCUGGCGCGGCGGGCUACAACGUGUCGGCGCGGGCACGGGACGGCGACAGCCGAGCGUGCCACAGCACGGGCAACAGCUGCGACCUGAGCGGCAUGCACUGCCACCAGACCUACCUCAUCAGCGUCACGCCCUACUCCCACACGUGCAGAGGGUUCACCAGCAUCGACUACACCUUCGUGGCAGGCCCCUGCCCCCCCACGGACGUGACAGUGUCCCUGCAGUGUGAGGGCAACAUUGGGACUGUCUCCUGGACACCAGCGUUGGCGGCCGACCUCUACGUUGCCACGGCGACAGCGGACGAUGGCCACACCCAUACCUGCAACAGCACGGGCACCAGCUGCGACUUCACCGACCUGCACUGCGGAGAGAGAUACACCGUCACCGUGGUUACCCACGAGCGCGGUUGCGUGAGCGAGCCCAGCCAGCCGGUUACUCUCGCCACAGGCCUGUGUCCUCCCACGAACCUCAUGGGCCACACCGCCUGCUCCACCAAUGACAUCACGCUGAGCUGGGACGCCAGCCCCGUGCCCGGCGUGCAGUACAUCCUGGAGAGCUUCCCCAACGUGUCGGUCACCACCGCCGACACCCGCCACGUGCUGCAGGGCCAGAGCUGCGGAGCCGACUUCGCGUUCACCGUCUCCGCCAAGGAUGCCACAUGCACCAGCGGCCCCAGCAUGCCCUUCAACAUCAGCGCAGUCCCUUGCCCGCCAACCGACGUGACCCUGAGCACCACCUGUGGCACCAUGCGUGCCAACCUCACCUGGGUGGCGGGAGCGGGUGCCACCUCCUACACAGCCAUUGCCACACGGCCACAUGGCCACACGGGCAUCUCCACCUGCACCACCAACGAGACGUCCUGCCAGCUGUGGCUGGAGUGCGGCCAGCACUACACCAUCACCGUCAUCUCCUCCAACCAGGACUGCAACAGCACCACCGGCACCUCUAUCGAAACAGACUCCCCCCCACCGGCACCACUCCUGUACGUCCUAUUCUUCCUGCAUAAAUGUCCACAAUCGUUUCCUACUUCCUCUCCUCUCCUCUCUUCAGCUCCGUGUCUACCCAGCGGCCUGCAUGCGGACAUGGACUGCAGUGCCAACUCGCUGGACGUGCAGUGGCACACGGACGGGAACCCCGACACCUACACAGCUGUUGCCAUGGCCACGGACGGCUCGCGCCUCACGUGCACCACCUCGGCCUCCUCCUGCACCAUCGCCAACCUGCAGUGCGGACAGGUCUACGGCAUCGCCGUCACCACCUCCGCCAUCGACUGCGAAGUCAUGGAUUCAGACUACAAGGUCCAGUCAGCCCCCUGCCCUGCUCAGACGCCAGUGGUGACCCGGGACUGCAUGACCAAUGACGCGCUGGUGACGUGGGACAACAGCAGAGCGGGCGCGGAGCAGGAGCACGUGGUGACGGCCGUCAGCUUCUAUAGCCAGCGGGUCACCUGCAACAGCAGCGAGACCAACUGCACCUUCAGCGGCCUGGGCUGCGGAGAGGAGUACAGCGUCAGCGUGACGGGCUACACCGUCAACUGCACUGCGGCCCCCAGCCCUACCACCAAAUUCCACACCGCCCCCUGUGUGCCCACCCGGGCUGGUGGCACCGUGGACUGUGACACUGGCAUCACCACGGUGACCUGGGACACCGCGCGGGGUGCCAGCAGCUACACGGUGUACGCCUACAGCAGCGGGCACAACGCCACCUGCACCAACACGGACGCCCACUGCUCCUUCGGCCAGUCGGAGCUGCAGUGUGGCCAGGACUACACGGUCAUGGUGGAGGCCUCUCAUGACGGCUGUGUCAGCAUGGUCAGCCAGCCAUUCAACAUCUCCACCGGCCCCUGUCCCCACUCCCACCUGCGGGUGGCGCUGAACUGCAGUGAUAACGUGGCGCUGUUGUCCUGGACGGGUGGCACGGGCAUGAUGUACUACAACGCCACGGCCGAGGGCACCACGCUGUCGCAUUUGGUCAGCACCUCCACGACGGGCACCAACGCCACCAUAGAGGGCCUGGAGUGCGGCCACAAGUACCGCUUCACCGUGGCCGGGCAGGGACGCACCUGCCCCAGUCCCGCACGCGAGUGGGUGGCCAGGCGGACAGCCUGCUGCGCGCCCACUGACAUGACGGUGCUGUCCUCGUGUCACUCGGACGUCCUCACGGUGUCCUGGUCCGCGUCCCGCGGCUCGCUGUCCUACAUGGCGGUUGCCGAGGGCAGCCUGGGUUACCGGGCAACAUGCAACACCAGCGGGUUGACCUGUGACAUCGUUGGCCUGGCGUGCGGUCAGACCUACACCGUGUACGUGGUGGGGGUGGACGACAACUGCAUGGGGGCCAGGAGCAAUGAAGAGACGGUGCAGAUUGCCCCUUGCACCCCGACCGCCGUGGCGAGCGAGCUGGUGUGUGACACGGGUCUCCUCAACAUCACCUGGGAGCAGCAGGGCGAGGCCAUUGGCUACCGCACCACCGUAACCAGCGGCGACGGCCAGGUGAUCCCCUGCGACUCGGAGGAGCCCGGGUGCGUGGUGCCCAGCCUGCCGUGUGGUCACACCUACCAGGUGACGGUGGUGGCACAGAACAGCGUCUGCAACAGCACCAGCAGUGCCACGCAUCAGGUGGUGGCAGCGCCGUGUCCACCGGACUCCAUGGAGGUGGAGGUGGCGUGCAUGUCGGGCGAGGUGACGGUCAGCUGGGCACCCGUUGUGCCGGGCGUGCUGUACGUGGCGGCGGCGGCGGAGAACUGCGAUGACGACAUCUACUUCACCUGCAACAGCACCGGCAGCAGCUGUAGCGUGAGCGGCCUCACCUGUGGCGCCGCCUACAACGUCACCGUGGUACCUGUCAGGGGCACCUGCGUAGGGGCGUACUACCCCGUACACAAGAUCAACACAGCACCCUGUGUCCCGCGUCUGGUGGAGGUGGAGAUGGACUGCCUAUCGGAUUCGGCCUGGGUGGUGUGGGAGGCGUCAAAGGGGGCAGAGUACUACACCGCCACGGCAACCAACUCUGACGGAGAGGUGUUCACCUGCAACUCGACUGAAAAUCAGUGUGCGGUACCCGAACUCCCCUGCAGUCGAUUCUACAACUUUACUGUCACCGCCUCCGACACGCAGUGCGAGAGCCCGCCCAGCAACCGCAUAGAGUCCGAAACAGCCCCGUGCCCUCCCCAGCAGGUGGAGACGGUGGUGGACUGUGUCAGUGGCACGGUGUUUGUGGAAUGGGAGGCCAGCGUGGGCGCGGUCAGCUACUCGGCCGCCCUGGAGAAGACCACGGGGGACAUCUCCUGCUGCCAUAACACCCUGCCCCAAUGCAACUUCCCCAACCUGGCCUGUGGCGAGAUGUACGUGGUCACCAUCACCGCCGAGGGACGCACCUGCAACAGCUCGCAGAGCAUGCCGCGCAUCGUCCGGACAGUGCCGUGUGUGCCACAGUCCCUGGUGGGCAGUGUGACGUGCAGUGACAACAUGGCCGUCUUCACCUGGAGCCUGACAGACCGAGGACACGUCUACCAGGUGACUGCGGUGAGCAAUGAGGGGCAUGCGUCCAGCUGUGAGACACACGAGGGCACGUGUGAGAUAAGUGACCUGGAGUGUGGACAGCUGUACAACGCCAGCGUGGUGGCCAAGGACAGCACCUGCUCCAGCUCUCCCAGCAACCCCGUCACCAUACGCACAGUGCCCUGCAUGGCCCAGAACGUGUCCCUUGCGGUGGACUGCCAGCUGAACCAGUUGAGUGUGACGUGGGAGGAGAGCAUGGGCGCUGACUCCUACAUAGCUAACGUGAUGGACAGCGAUGGCCGAUCCACUUCCUGCCAGGUCAUGACCUCUGACCCCAUCGACCCCUACUACCCCGGCAUGGAGUCCUGCAACAUCACCGACCUGGCCUGCGGACAGAUCUACCACGUCAGUGUCACGGCCUCUGACGGAUACUGCGACAGCGCGCCCACCGACACCGUCAAAACACACUCAGUGCCCUGCAUGCCGCGCAACAUCGAGGCGGUGAUAGACUGCGAGACAAACUCUGCGCUGGUGUCAUGGCAGCCGGCGACGGGGGCAGAGUCCUACGUGGCAGUGGGGCAAAGCAUGCUGGGACACGAGGUAGAGUGCCAGACCACCGAGACCAACUGCGAGCUCAUGGCACUGUCCUGCGGGGACAGCUACACCAUCACCGUCCGCGCCAUCGGGGACACGUGCUCCAGCGAGGCCAUGAUGCCCGGGCAGCUCAUCACCGGUCCGUGUGUGACCCAGAACGUGGCCAUCGACUACACCACCAUCUCCAUUGGCCUGGUGUCGUGGGACAGCAGCAGGGGCGCCGACUCCUACAUGGUGGAGGCGGUGACGGAGCAGGGCCUGACGGCCACCUGUAACGGCACGGGGACCGACUGUGUCCUCCACGAUCUGCACUGCGGAGAGACCUACAACGUCACCGUCACCGCCGUCAACGAGGUGUGCGGGGAGCAGGCCGUCUCCCAGAUGGUGGCCUUGAUGACAGAGCCGUGCCCGCCGCGCAACGUGCAGGCGCGUGUGGAGUGUGCGUCGGACUCUGCCUGGGUGUCGUGGGAGGCCAGCGUGUUUGCCACAGGCUACGAGGCCAUCCUGGAGGGACGCAACGGCCACACCACCACCUGCUACACCACGGGGACCGCCUGCAACGCCCCCGGGCUCCAGUGCGGAACCAUCUACGUCACCUUCGUACGCGCCACCGGCCACCACCUCAACAGCUCUGACAGCACCCCCGUCCUGCUCACCUCAGCUCCCUGUCCGGUGAGUGUCUCGAGUGUGGCCAUAGAGGUGGACUGUGAGGACGACUCUGCCGACGUCAGCUGGGAUUUCAGCGACGGGGCCACGUCGUAUCUGGUGGAGGCUGUGAGUGUGGACGCGGGCUACCGGGCCGAGUGCAUGUCGGCAGAGAACCACUGCAACCUGACGGAGCUGGAGUGCGGACAGACCUACGCAGUCAGUCUCACCGCCAUCAACGACAACUGCCAAGCCACCUCAGAAUCAGAAGUCACCUUCCAGACACGCCCAUGUGACCCCCAGCGUGUGAGUGUGGAUCUGCAGUGCGGUACCCGCACAGCUACGCUGACCUGGGAGAUGGAGGAAAGUGUGGAGUAUUACGUGGCCAGUGCCACCUACAGCUCAUCCGUGGAAGAGCUGAACUGCACCACCACCGGCUCCACGUGCGCGUUCCCAAAUCUGGAGUGUGGACGCACCUACUACUUCACUGUGACCGCCCACGGCAGCGACUGCGGCAGUUACGCCAGUACAACUGUGGAGAUUGACACCGAGCCGUGCCCACCUGAAGAGGUGAUGGUUCAGGAGCUGUCCUGCAACAACGACACGGCCAUGCUGAUGUGGAACGCCGCCAGAGGAGCGUCCUUCUACAGCGUCACGGCAACCGGCAACCUGGGAUACGUGAACGCCUUCAGGACCAAUGACACGGAGCUGUGGGUGGAGCUAUUGUGCGGACAGACGUACACCUUCAGUGUGGUGUCGCACAGUGACAGAUGCAUCAGCCCGCCAAGCUUCUCGCCACCUGUCACAAGCACCCCGUGCAUGCCUCUGCACAUCGAGACGUACAUCGAGUGCGAGAGCAAGGUGGGUGCGGUCAGCUGGUCGUCUAGCGACGGAGCAGACUUCUACACGGCGAUCGCCAUAGACCAGGAGGGCCAGCAGCAUGUCUGCAACAGCAACACCACCAGCUGCACCUGGGACGACCUGCGCUGCGGACAGCUAUACGAAGUACAGGUGGUGGCCAAUGACAUGAUGUGCACCAGCCCCCCCAGCAACGUCACACUCAUACACAUGGACCCGUGCAUCCCUGAGGGCCUGAUGGUAGAGUUUGACUGCAGCAUGCGCGUGGGCACCCUCCGGUGGGCUGGCAGCGCCACUGCGGAGGAGUACGUGGUGGACGCAGUGGCUGAUGACGGCCACCAUGUGUCACUGUCCACCCUCGACACCUGGGCGUCCAUCUCGGAGUUCCGCUGUGGCCAGGACUACUAUCUCACGGUCAGCGCCGUCGGACGCAACUGCACCAGUGAACGCAGCCCGCCGACGGUGCUAGUGACAGAGCCCUGCCCCGCCACCAUGGUCUCCAGCUACAUGGACUGCAUGUCCAACAUCGCGGUGGUGUCGUGGGCGCCGAGCGCCGGCGCCGAGUACUACAUGGCCAUCAUGAAGGGCCCCGACGGCAUCUCGGACAGCUGCCUGUCCACCGAGCAGAGCUGCGGCGUCUCCAAGCUGCUGUGCGGCGAGGCCUACACCGUCACCGUCGUCGCCGCCAACCGCCAGUGCAACUCCACCGCCAGCGAGGAGGGACGCCUCAACGCCGUGCCCUGCGUGCCGCUGAACGUGUCCGUGGAAGUGCUGUGCGAGAGCAGCCGUGGCGAGGCGCAGGUGACCUGGACGGCCACCCAGGGGGCGGUGAAGUACCACGCCAUGGCCCAGAGCGACUACGGGGCGCCGGCCAGCUGCGAGAGCACCGAGCCCCACUGCACCCUGGAGGGGCUCACCUGCGGAGAGCUGUACCGCGUGCAUCUGGUCUCCGUCGGGGACAACUGCACCAGCCUGCCCAGCCAGGCGGUAGAGUUCCGCACAGUUCCCUGCGUGCCAGUGAUCACAGUGGGCACCCUGGACUGCUACAGCCAGUCUAUGCUUCUGGAGUGGGCGUAUGCCCGCGGCGCCGAGCUCUACCAUGGCCUGGCACAGGCUCCCAAUGGGCACACCGCCACAUGCUCCACCAACUACACCAACUGUGAGCUGGGCCCGCUGGACUGUGGGCAGGCCUACACCUACACCGUCACUGCCUCCGACCAGCAGUGUACCAGCCUGCCCAGUGCCAGCCUUACCAUGGACUCGGUCCCCUGCCCACCCGCUGGCGUGGCCACGAGUCUGAACUGUGACGACGACACGGCAACGGUGACGUGGGACGCGAGCAGCGGGGCGGUUUCCUAUAUGGUGAACGCCAUCGGCUGGGAGGGUCACGUGACUGGAUGCAACACCACGGAGACGCAGUGCGAGCUGCCGGAGCUCCUGUGCGGCUACAACUACAACGUCACGGUCACCGCCGUCAGUGGCACCUGCAACGUCUCCGAGAGCGCCAUCACGCUGCUCCACUCAGUGCCCUGUGUCCCAGAGGGCGACGGCCUGACUGCGGACCUGGACUGUGAGACGGGGGAGGUGUCGGUGUCCUGGGAGCCCAGCGUGGGUGCCACGGAGUACACGGCAGUGGCGGACGCGGGUGUGGGCUACCCCUCCGAGUGCACCAGCAUGGGCACCACGUGCCAGUUUAGCGACCUGCUGUGUGGCAUGACCUACAGCAUCAAGGUUUCCGCAUCAGAUGGCACCUGCUCCAGCCUGUUCAGCUCCACCAUCACCAUUGACACAGUCCCAUGCGGGCCUCAGAACGCCAGUGCCCAUGUGGACUGUGCCAACGGUGUGGCCUCGGUGUCGUGGCAGGAGAGCGAGGGUGCGACACAGUACACCGUGGAGGCGGUGGCGCCUGACGGAGACCGCUUGACGUGCCAGAGCAACACCACCAACUGCCAGCUGGGCGUCCUCAAGUGUGGCCAGGUGUACAACGUCACCCUGCGCGCCGGCGACAACCACUGCGGCAGUGCUACCACCUUCCUUAAAGCGCAGGCUGUCCCCUGCGUGCCCACGGGCAUGGCGGUGGCGCUCGAGUGCGAAAACAUGAUGUGGGAGCGCUCGGUGGCGGUCACCUGGGAACACGCCAGCGGCGCCACGGGGUACAUGGUGCACGGGACGGGCGCCGACGGGCACCGCGUCAACUGCAGCACGGGCCUGGGCGUCACCCACUGCGAGCUGGAGGAACUGCGCUGCGGCCAGCAGUACCAGGUCUCCGUCUGCUCCGUGGACCAGCAGUGCAGCAGCGUGGACAACGCCAAUAGCGUCAUUGAGACGGCCCCGUGUCCUCCGCAGGACGUCACCGUCACCUCCAAUUGCCAGGAGCGCUCCAUCGUGGUGACGCGCACGCCCCAUCCCGGGGACAACCUGCACGUGGCCCUGAACGCGCACAAGGGCACCUCCAAGUCCUGUUUGUCCCCUUCCGACUCCUGUACUUUCACAGACCUGCCCUGCGGCCACUCCUACACUGCCGUGGUGACCGCCUUCAAAGAUGGCUGCAAGAGCGCCGAGAGCCAGGAAUUCGAAGUGUCCACAGCUCCAUGCGUGCCCUACCAAUUCCACGGCAGUCUGGACUGCGUCACCAACUCGGUGUGGGUUGGCUAUGAUGAGGCCCUGGGGGCGACUUCUUACACGGCAUUGGCUAUCCGGCAGGGAGGCGGGGCCAACAGCUCCUGUAUGUCCAAUGAGCUAAGCUGUAACGUGGCCGACUUGGGCUGCGGUGUGAGCUAUGACUUUAGCCUCACCGCCUCCAACGCACACUGCAGCACGCCCAGCAAUACGACCUUCACGAUAGAGACAGCCCCGUGUGGCCUGGAUCAGAUCAAGACCACCUCUGAGUGCCACAGCAGCUCCAUCCUGGUGGAGUGGGAGAUGAGCGAGGGCAAGACGCUGUACGUGGCGACGGCGGAGGCGAAGCACGACCGCUCGCUGCUGAUGUGCAACAGCACGGACACCUCCUGCAGCCUGACCGACGCCCAGUGCGGCACCGAGUACACCAUCAUCAUCUCCACCGAGUCCGACAAGUGCAGCAGCCUCAGGAGCCCGCCCAAGAAGAUGCACACGGCCCCGUGUGCCCCGACGAACGUGAGGACCGAGGAGGUGUGUGAGCACAAUGGCGUGAGGGUGACAUGGGACGCCUCUUACGUGGCCAACUCUUACAUGGUGACGGCCACGGGGCCAGAUGGGGACAUAAGCACCUGCAACAGCACGGUGAAUAACUGCACCAUAUCGGAUCUGAUCUGUGGCACGGCUUACGUCAUCACCGUCACCUCCACCGGCGACAACUGCACCAGCCCUCCGAGCGCACCGGUCACCUUCCAUUCAGUGCCUUGUGACCCAGAGGAUGUGAGGGUGGAGGUGGACUGCAACAGCCACUCAGCUAAGGUAUUGUGGCAGGCCAGCGCGGGGGCAGUGCAGUACAUGGCCUGUGCCGAGACCACAGAUGGCAACCGCCUGUACUGCUCAACCACGGACACGCACUGCACCAUCGACAACCUGCUCUGCGGAUCCAUCUACAACUUCAGCGUGCAGGCCACCGACGGGGUGUGCAACAGCUCUCUCAGCCCGCCAGAGGAGCAGGGUGUCGCGCCUUGCCCUCCAGCCACGGUGAGCGUGAGGGUGCGAAGAGUAGACGACAUGGACCUGGUUAUGGUGUCCUGGAGUGCGGUGCCGGACUGCCCGGGCGUGGAGUACCUGAUGACCAUGACGGGCAACAUCGAGGACGACCCAGACCAGGGCAUAGCGAUCACCUCCUACUGGCUGGAGAACACCUUCUUCGAGAUGCCGCUUCCCUGUGGAACAGCCUUCAACGUCACAGUGGAAGCGCGUAACACAGCUGGAACCAGCCCCCCGUCGGCACUCGUCCCGGGAAUGACAGUCCCGUGUACCCCCACUGGUUUCCGUGCGGUGGGUAAUAAUGUGUCGGCGGUGCUGGAGUGGGAUGCGUCGGCGCUGGCAACUGAGUACACGGUGUACCUGGGGCCGCCUCAGGGCGAGUUGGUGCUGUGCAACACACCUACUCUCACCUGCACGGUGGCCAAUGUGCCGCUGGAGGAGCUGCAACUGACGGCCAGCAACGCGGUUGGAGAGAGCAAUGCCACCACACUCAGCAGCGGAUCCCGUCGCCGAAGAGAUCUUAGAGAAUCGCAUAUGAUGGCCAGUCUGCUGGAGGACGACGUGCUAGUCACCCCUCAGCCGCGGGUCACGGUGGUUACGGGAGGCUGGCUGCAGCUGGAGUGGCCGUCGGUGCAAGGGGCGUCCUACUACACGCUGAUCGUCAGGGAGGACGGGACCUCUCGGCCCCCGCGGGAGGUGCUGACCGUCUACGAGGAGGUGGCCACAGUCACCGAGCUGAAGGCUGCCACCCGCUACUGCCUCACCCUCUCUGCCAAGAACUCCAUCGCCCAGAGCGCCUACUCCGCCCCUGUCUGCGUUACCACCGGUGUCACGCAGUAACACACACACACACUUGCGCACAUAAACACACACGCACACACACAAACAUACAGUCACUGUAGGACUGUGCCAGGGGGAGAGAGUAUGUGACAAGCGAAAAGCAAGCGAAAGGAAGGAAUGGACUGGACACAUUUUGCCACCCUACUUUGUCCCUCUUAGAAGCAGAGCUGAUGAUUGGUCAAGGCAACACAAUGUACAUAUAGCAGUGGUACUGUGUGAGGUAUGGACCGGUGGCUGUGAGAGGGAAGGGAGGGAGAGGAGGGGAGGGGAGGGAGGCUACAUUUCUAUAAUGCAUACGUAAGGCCACACCCCAUUCGUAAUACACAGGCCCUGUCCCUGCCCUGAACACAUCUACUCUCUCUCUCUCUCUCUCUCUCCCUCCCUAUUUGUGCAUGUAUGAGAUUAGAUCUUCCUUGCAAAUUCAAUUGGGCCAAUUGUUAAGUUUGAAAGAUGUAUAACUAGUAAUAUUAAAAAAGAAAAAAGGUGAUAUGAUAAUAAAAAAGCAAUAGAUUACUGAAUUUGUUAUAUUUUUACGAUAAAUGUGAAGAGAGGUCAAAUUUAAUGCUAUUAUUCAGAAACUAGAUGUAUGAUUUUGCCAAACCCUGUGAGAUGAUUAAUUUCUAUGAAACUGUCCUUAUAAACGAAAUGAGUCACUUUAUAUAUAGUUUAAAAUGUCAGUUAUAUUUGAUUUCUUUUUUCCCUUUGGGUGAAUAUUCCUCCAUUUCCUGUAUUUAUCACAAAUGCCUAUAUUUUUAAAUCAGCCACACACUGAGAACGCUGUCCUCUGUAACAAUAGAUCCGUUCCAUAUGUUCACUGUCUUUUUUUUCUGACUGUCUCAAUCAAGUAUGUACAUUCAGAUAGCUAGAGAGCAAAAUAAUAAAUUUGUAGUGUAUCAAUCAUGACUUUGUAAACCACACAGUAUAUUUUCUAUUUCAUGUACAAUAUGACCUUGUCUCAUUUUGUGUGAACA